GGCCUUCCUACCUUCAGUACCCCAUAGUCGUCUUCGCGCUCUGCCGCUUUGCCUACUUCUCGUGAAACUUGAAUAUGAUGAGCUUGGCUUUCGUUGAAUGACUCCCACAUAUACAGGCUCUGUCGACUGAUCGGAUCUCGGCGAGUGCGUGGUUCCGACAAAGGGCUCAGCUGGAUCAGCGUUCGGGUCAAUCAAACCCCCCGACUUCUGCUAUUCUUCUCUACUGGAUGCUCGCCUUGUUUCGAGGUUUCGCCGUUUCUCCCCGCGAGCAUUGACUCACCCGCGCACUCAGCAACCUCUAAGUAGCGCCGCGCUUAGCACUGGCCGUAGCACCUUGCAUCCGCCCGGCCCGGCAUGGCGCAGCGCAGCACGGCCGGCGUGACGUUUUCGUUGAUCGACGAGGACCACACCAUCGGCAACUCCGUGCGCUUCAUUCUCAAUCAAGACCCUCGUGUGAGCUUUUGCGGCUACUCCGUGCCACACCCGUCAGAGCACAAAGUGAACAUCCGAGUGCAAACCACAGGUGAGCCUGCAAGGGAGGUGCUGAAAGACGGGCUGUUGGAGCUGGCUGGGUUCUGUGAGCACGUGAGCCGCACUUUUGAAGCUGCGUUUGAUAAGUUCGAGAGAAGACGGCGAGGGGAAGCGGUGGAGGAAGAAGAGGAAGAGGAGGAAGAGGAGGGAGACGGAGAAGAAGGGGGAGAAGGGGGAGAUGAGGACAUGCAAGAUGCAUCUUGAAAAUGAAACUGCAUUGCUGGCACGAGCUGUGUCUGGUGGUAAUGCUCUAUGGGAUGGUUUACUAAUAAACAGUCUCAUGGGUGUGUCGCAUCUGUGAGGUACGGUAACAGGAGUAGAUAUCUGCGAAUGUGCGUACCGGUAUGUAUCGAUCACAAAUGCGAAGCAGCUAAGUGUUGGUUGCAUGAAGGGAGGAUGUUGUGAGGAUGUUAUUCAGUGAUUUUUUUUUCACAAAUGUGCUUCCUUUUGUUACUUGAAUUCGGGCCCUCGGUCUCAACAAAUAUACUGUGUAUUGUCAA